UAAUCAGUGCGCAUUCAAUAUACCACCUUGUUGUAUGUCCGUCUUACCAGCACCAAGUUUUAUUAAACCAUUAAGAUAUAUUCAUUUCAUACGAACCGUUUGGUUUUUCACAUUAUUUUUUAUUUUACUAACAUAAAGUACUUAUGGCGUCGAUAGCUGUUAUAGUAUUUAUGACAAUAAUCGCUAUUACCUGCAAUGGAGUAGCUUCUAAACCAACCGAAAAAUAUUUGACAAGAUUGUUGGACGUUCUUAACCCGCCAGAAACGAUAUUCCCGGAGUUUAACAAAGGGACCACAUUGUCAUCAUCAGGAAAAAAAGUUAACCACGUAGAUUACGAAAGGAAACGACGACAGGCUUUGCCUGAUGUAAUUGGUGGAGACGGUGGAUUUGGUUCUGUCAUGUUCCUCCAAAGUUCGCAGUCAAAUUUGAAUGAGAAAAAUGAUAGCACAAAUUCCUCCACAACAACAAGGGAACGACGACAUGCUUUGCCUGAUGUAAUUGGUGGAGACGGUGGAUUUGGUUCUGUCAUGUUCCUCCAAAGUUCGCAGUCAAAUUUGAAUGAGAAAAAUGAUAGCACAAAUUCCUCCACAACAACAAGGGAACGACGACAUGCUUUGCCUGAUGUAAUUGGCGGAGACGGUGGAUUUGGUUCUGUCAUGUUCCUCCAAAGUUCGCAGUCAAAUUUGAAUGAGAAAAAUGAUAGCACAAAUUCCUCCACAACAACAAGGGAACGACGACAUGCUUUGCCUGAUGUAAUUGGCGGAGACGGUGGAUUUGGUUCUGUCAUGUUCCUCCAAAGUUUGCAGUCAAAUUUGAAUGAGGAUAAUGAUGGCACAAAUACCGCAACAACAACCGAUGAUAAAAAUAUGUUACUUCGUUUAUCACACAAUUUUUGCUGCUAUUGCUUGUGCUGCCAAUGCAAAUUUAGACGUUGACGCUCAGCAUUGAAUAUUAACUCAACAUCCAAAACCGAUGUUCCAGUGAACGCAUGCAUUAAUCCUUUUCUCUGACUCAUGCCAAUUGUGUACCUUCAUUAUAAUGAAACCGUUUCUAUAAAUUCACUUAGCUUAUAAGGCCAAAUUAUGAAAUUAUUUAAUAAUUAAUUGGCUAAUUUUUGUUUUAUGUAUUCGUUGCAAUCAACAUAUUACUUUAUUAUAUA